AUGCCUGGCUCGCCUUGGGGGCCAAAAGGCUGCGUGCGAGUGCUCUCUCUCUCUCUCUCUCUUGCUCUGCUGCUGGGUAAAUUGGGCCUGCCAGCGAGCGGCCGCGCCCCACACGCCGUCGCCCUGGGCGGUCGGUGUUGGUGGUGGUGGGCGAAACCUCGCGACUCUCUGCUGGAGCAACAACAGUGGCCCGGCUCGCACGAGAUCGUCGCCGUCGUCCAGCCCUCGCGGCCAUUGGCUGUUCCCCGCCGCGUCGUCGUGCAUGCGCAACUUCACAGAGGCCUUGCACACCGCGACUCGUCGGAGCGUGGAUGA